UCAAACAGAAGCCCAGUAGGCUAACGCUUGCGGCUAACGUUACAAGCAAACGUGAUGGAGUCGGGGUUAAGGGAGCUUCGUCAAACUCUUACCCGACCUUAAGUCGACUCUUGGCGGCCACCAGACGGGCUUUCACCCGCUGUCCUUCCUGGUUCUCACGAUUUCAGGACAGGGAGCUUUCAGUGCUUUUUACUGGUAGCCAGGCCACAGGCUAAAGCUAGCAGCUAACGCUACAAAUGAACGUGAUGGAGUCGGAUAGCGGCUCUAACCUUGUCGAAAGGGCUGAACUUAAUGAGUGGAUUGGGCACGGACUGCAUCUGGCAAUCGAUGUCAGCCGAGCCCAUCGUCCUGAGCACCGGGAGUUUGCGUGCAGCAAGGAAGAAGAGGAAGAGUCUCCAUCCAUCAAAGAGGAGGAAGACUUUGUACACAUUAAAGAUAUCAGCCGAGCCCACUGUCCUGAACACCGGGAGUCUGCGUGCAUCAAGGAGGAGGAGGAAGAGUCGCCAUCCAUCAAGGAAGAGGACGAGUUCGUAUGUAUUGAAGGUUUCAGAAAAUAUCCUGGCGUUAAAGAGGAUGUUGAGCUCCCCCAAAUCAAAGAGGAGGAGCCAAACCCCUGUCAACAGAAGCAACUUUCAAUCAAAACGGAGGAGGACGAGCUGCCAUGCGUUAGAGAGGAGGAAGGUAUUACCAGGUCGACUGGUGAGCCCUUGAAGAGUGAAGAUGGUCCGAGUGAGGCCGGCAAAGGGGCGGAGCCUGAGAGCGGCAGCAGCUCAACAGAAAGAUUGCAAGCAGACAUUUUCAUCGCUCCAUCAGACAGAAAUGGCGCCACGUCACAGUCACCUUACAAUGAUGGUGGUCAUAAGAAAUCUCACCGUGACGACAAACCCUGCAAAUGCUCUCAGUGCGGGAAAACCUUUGCUAAUAAGAAAACUUUUCGUACGCAUAUGAGGAUCCACACCGGCGAAAAACCCUUUUCCUGCUCAGUUUGUGAUCGAAGAUUCACUCAAAGUGAACACUUGAAAAUCCACACAAGAACUCACACUGGCGAAAAACCUUUUCCCUGCUCAGUUUGUGAUCGAAGAUUCACUCAAAGUGAACACUUGAAAAUCCACACAAGAACUCACACUGGCGAAAAACCUUUUCCCUGCUCAGUUUGUGGUCAAGAAUUCAGUUGCAAGAGCUCCUUAAAAACACACACAAGACUCCACACUGGCAAAAAACCUUUUUCUUGCUCAAUUUGUGAUCGAAGAUUCGCUACAAAGCAAAACUUACAAAGUCACGAAAUAACACACACUGGCGAAAAACCGUUUUCCUGCUCAGUUUGUGGUCAAAGAUUCGCUCGAAAGGAAGUCUUACAAAAACACGAAAGAACCCACACUGGCGAGAAACCGUUUUCCUGCUCAUUUUGUGGUCAAAGAUUCUCUCGAAAGCAACUCUUACAAUAUCACGAAAGAAUCCACACUGGUGAAAAACCUUUCCCCUGCUUAUUUUGUGGUCAAAAAUUCACUCAAAAGCAAAUAUUGAAUAAACACACAAGAAUCCACACUGGCGAAAAACCUUUUUCCUGCUCAGUUUGUGAUCAAAGAUUCACUCAAAAGGGAAGCUUGAAAAUCCACACAAGAACUCACACUGGCGAAAAACCUUUUUCCUGCUCAGUUUGUGGUCAAGGAUUCAGUUGCAAGAGUUCCUUAAUAAUACACACAAGAAUCCACACUGGCAAAAAACCUUUUUCCUGCUCAAUUUGUAAACGAGGAUUCGCUACAAAGCAAAACUUACAAAGUCACGAAAGAACCCACACUGGUGAAAAACCUUUUUCCUGCUCAGUUUGCGAUCAAAGAUUCACUCAAAAGGAACACUUGAAAAUCCACACAAGAAUCCACACUGGCGAAAAACCUUUUUCCUGCUCAGUUUGUGAUCAAAGAUUCGCUCAGAGGCAACACUUAAAAGAACACACAAGAACCCACAAUGGUGAAAACCCUUUUUCCUGCACAUUCUGUGGUCAAGAAUUCGCUUGGAAGUAUCAGGUGAAGAGACACAAGUGUGUUGGUGUGAGAAGCAGUGGCCAAUGGCAGUAUGGUAACGGCAACGCAACUCGGGAGGAAGACGACCUUGGCGGAGGAAAGGGAGAUGCGAUCCUCGCAGCUAUCAAUGCUUUAAAACACGAAUUCUCUGCACGGUUCGACAGCGUGGUGGAAGCAAUCGAAAAUAUGAGAAAAGAAAUCAACGAGUGCACUGAACUAAUGGCGCACAUCAAACAACGUGUUUCAAACGCAGAGGACGAAAUAGCUAGCAUGAAAGCUAAGCUAAAGGAGCUCGAGGCCCAAAACGCCGCCACUGAGGAAAAAUUACUGGACUGGAAGAUAGAUCACGUUGAAUCCCGAAGGCGCUUGAUCUGGCCACGCUUUGUUUUGGAGAGGGCACACCGCAUUGGAUCGAAGAGGGAUGCCCGGACUCCGCCGAGGACGCUCAUCAUGCGAUUUCUCAACUACAACGAUAAGAGUGCAGUCGUCGCAGCGGUCCGGAAUAAGAAGGAAAUUCGUUACGAGGACCAUCAAGUGCGCUUCUUCCAGGACGUAGAAACUGGGAUGCAUCAACUGAGGAAACAAUUGGACGCAAUUCGGCAGGAGCUGCAUAAGGAAUACAGACGGCUCUUUGGUGGCACCGUGCCGGGCAGGAGGUCUAUGGCGCAGUCAUACGGUCGGUGCGGGGGUAGCGACGUGGCCUUGAUGUCCAUCCAGAGCUUGUGCAGGAACAGGUGGAGAAAGUUGGUGACGUUGAAUGUCGAGCUGCUGGGCCAGAUCCACAUCCAUGAUGUUGACCUCCGCUCCAGAGUCGACGAGAGCGGUCAAGGUUGCGAUUCGAUGACCCUCACCUCCGCAGUACAGACACAGCAACUGGAACACGCUGAGAUGCAGCUACUGGAACAGGCUGAGAGGCAGCGGGUGCGUUCCGACCUCCCUUCUCUCGCCGUCGAGUCUGAAUCCGACGGUCAAUGCGGUUUACAAGGGCAAUGGCUUCAUCAAGGGUUCUGGAAAGGCUCGUACCUGAGUUGGAUCGCCGUUAAAGCAUUCGGGGUUUCCAAUAUUGGGCUCGGGAGCGUCCAAGACUGGGUUUACCGGAACUGGGGCUUCUGGAACCAGACCAUUGGAUUGUGGCGACGAUGGAGUUGCAAGUUUGGUGAGAGUUUGGAUCACCUGAAUCAGUUGUUCUUGCUGGAGUUGCUGAUGAUUACACUGAAGUACAUGAACCACGUGACCACCCACGGCGAGAUCAAAGAGUGUCGCAACCCUCUUUACAUGGCCCUGCUAAAUGUCUUUCUAUCCGUGCUUGUCGAAACGGCUGAACUUAAUGAGUGGAUUGGGCACGGACUGCAUAUGGCAAUCAAUGUAAAACGAGCCCAUCGUCCUGAGCACCGGGAGUCGGCGUGCAUUAAGGAGGAGGAGGAAGAGUCCGUACACAUGGAAGAUGUCAGCCGAGCCCAUUGUCCUGAGCACCAGGAGUCGGCGUGCAUCAAGGAGGAGGAGGAAGAGUCGCCAUCCAUCAAGGAAGAGGACGAGUUCGUAUAUAUUGAAGGUUUCAGAAAAUGUCUUGGUGCUGAACGGCAUGAGCCAGAAUCUCCUGGCGUUAAAGAGGAUGUUGAGCUCCCCCAAAUCAAAGAGGAGGAGCCAAACCCCUGUCAACAGAAGCAACUUUCAAUCAAAACGGAGGAGGACGAGCUGCCAUGCGUUAAAGAGGAGGAAGAUAUUACCAGGUCGACUGGUGAGCCCUUGAAGAGUGAAGAUGGUCCGAGUGAGGCCGGCAAAGGGGCGGAGCCUGAGAGCAGCAGCAGCUCAACAGAAAGAUUGCAAGCAGACAUUUUCAUCGCUCCAUCAGACAGAAAUGGCGCCACGUCACAGUCACCUUACAAUGAUGAUGGUCAUAAGAAAACUCACCGUGAUGACAAACCCUGCAAAUGCUCUCAGUGCGAGAAAACCUUUGCUAAUAAGAAAACUUGUCGUGUGCAUAUGAGGAGCCACACUGGCGAAAAACCUUUUUCCUGCUCAGUUUGUGAUCAAAGAUUCACCAAAAAGCAACACUUGAAAAUCCACACAAGAAUCCACACUGGUGAAAAACCUUUUUCCUGCUCAGUUUGUGAUCAAAGAUUCACUCAAAAUGAACACUUGAAAAUCCACACAAGAACUCAUACUGGUGAAAAACCUUUUUCCUGCUCAGUUUGUGGUCAAGUAUUCAGUUGCAAAAGCUCCUUAAAAAUACACACAAGAAUCCACACUGGCAAAAAACCUUUUUCCUGCUCAUUUUGUGAUCGAAGAUUCGCGACAAAGCAAAACUUACAAAGUCACGAAAGAACCCACACUGGCGAAAAACCAUUUUCCUGCUCAGUUUGUGGUCAAAGAUUCUCUCGAAAGCAAGUCUUACUAAAUCAUGAAAGAACCCACACUGGCGAAAAACCUUUUUCCUGCUUAGUUUGUGGUCAAAGAUUCACUCAAAAGCAAAUAUUGAAAACACACACAAGAAUCCACACUGGCGAAAAACCUUUUUCCUGCUCAGUUUGUGAUCAAAGAUUCACUCAAAAGGAAAACUUGAAAAUCCACACAAGAACUCACACUGGCGAAAAACCUUUUUCCUGCUCAGUUUGUGGUCAAGGAUUCAGUUGCCAGAGCUCCUUAAAAACACACACAAUAAUCCACAGUGGCAAAAAACCUUUUUCCUGCUCAAUUUGUGAUCGAGGAUUCGCUACAAAGCAAAACUUACAAAGUCACAAAAGAACCCACACUGGCGAAAAACCGUUUUCUUGCUCAUUUUGUGAUCAAAGAUUCACUCAGAAGGAACACUUGAAAAUCCACACAAGAACCCACACUGGCGAAAAACCUUUUUCCUGCUUAGUUUGUGAUCAAAGAUUCGCUCGGAGGCAACAUUUAAAAGAACACACAAGAACCCACAAUGGUGAGAACCCUUUUUCCUGCUCAAUCUGUGGUCAAGAAUUCGCUUGGAAGUAUCAGGUGAAGAGACACAAGUGUGUUGGUGUGAGAAGCAGUGGCCAAUGACUGUUUUGCCUGUCAUCCAUGCUGGCUUUAUCAGAUUUUCCACAUAGGACGAUUGUAUUCUGUUGAGCUUCUUGAAAUCCUGUUGAGGAUUGGCACUUUUGGUGCUUUGCUUUGUCCAAUCGUUUUAUGAUGUGCAUCCACCUUAUUGCCUAAACCUCACCUGAUCGAACUCUCUCAAGUUAAGUGCCAUUAGUUAUGUAAUGCUGUCCCUCUUUCAAACUACACUUUUCACAUUUAAUAUGUGAAACAGCAAUAAUGUCAUUAAAUAAAUAUGGAAAACUAGGCCUGUAAGCAGGACUGAACGGGCCCCCGCAGUGUGACUCGGACGGCACACAUAACUGGGUAGUAGCAGAUCAUCCCGCUCAUUCACACACCUAGGAGAAAAAAACCCUAUUGGAGAGAGUACUACAAAAAAGGAGGCACAACUGAGCUGUGCAGCCACGCCCUUAUUCAAAACCAAAAUGAAUCUUCAAAUUGGGCCAAUUCAACCAAGUGCGCCAAAUUCUGUGGCGAUAUAAGCUGCCUAAGUCCCUGAAAAAUUAUUACUUUUUUUAAUGGCGAACAAAGGGUCGUCACGGCAACAGAGAGAGACAUGUGGACAAGGGCCUUAAAAUGCAGUAUUACAAAAGGUCUUGAAACUAUAAUGACCAACCUGAAAAGAACUGGACAUAUAUAAGUAAAAUGAGUGACUUGGGACUUCCGGUUGCGACUGCCAUGUAGGCGGACACACGCUGCAUUGCUCUCCUGCUAAUCUUCGCCAAUCCUACACAGAACUGCGUUAUUUUUGAUAAAAGCAACGUGUGAUUACUGACAAUGCACAAUACGCCACCACUGAGGAAAAACUACUGGACUUUGAAGAUAGAUCACGGCGAAACAACUUAAGGCUCGUUAACCUACCAGAAAGUGCGAAGUGACGGGACGCGUGCUCUUUUUUGGAAAGAUGAAACCAGAAGGCGCUUCAUCUGGCCACGCUUUGUUUUGGAGAGGGCACACCGCAUUGGAUCAACGAGGGACGCCCGGACGCUGCCGAGGACGCUCAUCAUGCGAUUUCUCAACUACAACGAUAUGAGUACAGUCGUUGCAGCGGUCCAGAAUAAUAAGAAGGAAAUGUGCUACGAGGACCAUCAAGUGCGCUUCUUCCAGGACGUAGCAACUGGGAUGCAUCAACUGAGGAAACAAUUGGACUCAAUUCGGCGGGAGUUGCAUAAUUUGGGACUUCAACGUGGAAUUGCUCACCCUGCAAAAUUACUGAUUACUCUCAAAGAUUAGACUCACGUUUUCAAGACUGCAGCUCGAGCAGAAGCUUUCCUUAACAAACUACGGGAGGAGAACGUGAAAUAAUGAUUGAAAAAAUUGCGUUGGAAACAAAGUGGUGAGUUCGAUUUGUUCGAAAUCACUCAUCGCAAAGCUGUAUAAUAAUUUAAAGGACGUGCACGACUGUAGUAAGAUUAGCAGGGAGAAAAGCGAACUUUUUGUGCUAUUCUUUUAAAGUGUUCAGGCCUACAUAGGGCGGAUCAAUCCUCAUGAAGAGGCCUGGUCCUCAGCGUAACAGGAGUCGAGGACGAAUGGAUGUGAAACCCUCAUGCAUGGGAGGAACUGGAACGUGGGGUUUAGUGUUACUACUUCACUUUGGUUUUGUUCAGCACCAAGUGUUUGUUGUUUUAUUGUUCUUCCUCGGGUUUGCUUAAAGUAGAAACGCUCCAUCUCACUGAUAUUAAUUUUUGAUUUCGCUUUUUUGCCCUCUAAAUGCAACAAGAAGUGAAGCUUAAUUUUAUCUCAUGGAGCUGUUGGAGUUUGCAGCAACCCCAAAAAAUAAAGGUUAUGAAUAUGCCGAAAGAUAAGGAAGCUAAAAUUUUCUUCUUACAAGAGACCCACCUUUUGGAAAGCGAUGUCAUUCGGGUUCGGAGAAGGUUGCAGGGGGAAGUGUAUUCGGCAUCAUUGUCAUCAAGGGCAGGUGUCAUGGUUCUUAUCCACAAUAUUGUCCCACUUCAAGUAAAUAAAAUUAUCAAGGAUGGCAGAGGUAGAUAUAUAAUAAUUACAUUAUAUACACAAUACACAAUCAUUACACUUGCUUUUUAAAAUUCAUGACUGCUUCAUAAAAUUCAUGACUGCUUCUAUGAUCCUAUUGUAAUCUCAGAUCACGCACCAUGUUGCUUGCUAUAUGGAGAGGAAAAAUUAAUCAGACAAAUUCAGAUGGCACUUUCAACAUAAAUGGCUCCUAGAUGAGGAAUUUGUAGGGUAUAUAGGCAGACAGAUAGACAAAUUCUUUGAACUCAAUACAAAUAAAACCUCAACCUCAUUGCAGCGGUAUAUUUACAGGUCUUGAUAAAAAAAAAAAAAGUCAGUCAGGAAGCUGCAGCUUGUACAGAAUGCUGCAGCCAGAGUCCUUACAAAUACAAGAAAACUGGACCACAUUACACCGGUUUUGAAAUCGUUACACUGACUUCCAGUGAGUCAAAGGAAAGACUAUAAAAUACUACUGCUCAUCUACAAAACACUUAAUGGCCUUGGACCAAAUACAUGCUUGAUUUGUUAGAUUCCCAUGAAACGUCUAUACCUCUAAGGUCGUCUGGAACCGGUCUCCUGGAACAACAACCAAGCAGGGUGAGGCAGCAUUUAGUUAUUAUGCUCCUCACCUCUGGAACAAGUUACCUGAAGGUCUGAAGUAUGCUCAAACGUUAGCUCCUUUAAAUCAGGGCUAAAAACGCUUUUGUUUAACACAGCAUAUCCAUAACUGUCUAUAUAUACUCACCGGCCACUUUAUUAGGUACACCAUGCUAGUAACGGGUUGGACCCCCUUUUGCCUUCAGAGCUGCCUCAAUUCUUCGUGGCAUAGAUUCAACAAGGUGCUGGAAGCAUUCCUCAGAGAGUUUGGUCCAUAUUGAAAUGAUGGCAUCACACAGUUGGUGCAGAUUUGUCGGCUGCACAUCCAUUAUGCGAAUCUCCUGUUCCACCACAUCCCAAAGAUGCUCUAUUGGAUUGAGAUCUGGUGACUGUGGAGGCCAUUUGAGUACAGUGCACUCAUUGUCAUGUUCAAGAAACCAGUCUGAGAUGAUUCCAGCUUUAUGACAUGGCGCAUUAUCCUGCUGAAAGUAGCCAUCAGAAGUUGGGUACAUUGUGGUAAUAAAGGGAUGGACAUGGUCAGCAACAAUACUCAGGUAGGCUGUGGCGUUCCAACGAUGCUCAAUUGGUACCAAGGGGCCCAAAGAGUGCCAAGAAAAUAUUCCCCACACCAUUACACCCCCACCACCAGCCUGAACCGUUGAUACAAGGCAGGAUGGAUCCAUGGUUUCAUGUUGUUGACGCCAAAUUCUGACCCUUCCAUCCGAAUGUCGCAGCAGAAAUCGAGACUGAUCAGACCAGGCAACAUUUUUCCAAUCUUCUAUUGUCCAGUUUCGAUGAGCUAUUGCAAAUUGUAGCCUCGGUUUCCUGUUCUUAGCUGAAAGGAGUGGCACCCGGCGUGGUCGUCUGCUGCUGUAGCCCAUCUGCCUCAAAGUUCGACGUACUGUGCGUUCAGAGAUGCUCUUCUGCCUACCUUGGUUGUAACGGGUGGUUAUUUGGGUCACUGUUGCCUUUCUAUCAGCUCGGACCAGUCUGGCCAUUCUCCUCUGACCUCUGGCAUCAACAAGACAUUUCCACCCACAGAACUGCCGCUCACUGGAUAUUUUUUCUUUUUCGGACCAUUGUCUGUAAACCCUAGAGAUGGUUGUGCGUGAAAAUCCCAGUAGAUCAGCAGUUUCUGAAAUACUCAGACCAGCCCUUCUGGAACCAACAACCAUGCCACGUUCAAAGUCACUCAAAUCACCUUUCUUCCCCAUACUGAUGCUCGGUUUGAACUGCAGGAGAUUGUCUUAAACCAUGUCUACAUGCCUAAAUGCACUGAGUUGCCGCCAUGUGAUUGGCUGAUUAGAAAUCAAGUGUUAACGAGUAAAGAUGCCGAUCGAUCGGGUCCGAUCAUGUCAUUUUCAAAGUAUCGGAAUCGGCAAAAAAAUAUCGGACAUGCCUUUUUUAAAUAUAUAUAUAUUAGGGCUGUCCCAAACGACUAAUUUUCUCCCGAUUAGUCAGCCGACUAUUUUUACGAUUAGUCGACUAAUCUAAUAAUAAUUUUUUUUAUUUUUUAUUUUUUUUACUAAUUUAGCAAUGAAAUUUUUGUUGACGCUUAUCAAUUCACAAAAAAAAAACAUAUUGGAACACUCAAAUUAUUUAUUAAAGUACAAAUAAACACGUAAAUAACAAUAAUAAAUCACAAAUAAACAAUGAGUUCAAAUGCUGAUAGAAUUAACUAGUGUAGCAUCCCGAUUGAAAAGAUGGUCUCUUAAACUGAUGGUUUACAACUUUUAUUCCAUCCUUGAUGUAAACACACUGUAAGAGCUACAGUGCACACAACACAAUUAGAAAUUAACAAAAACUUUUCACCUUUUUCCUUUUAAACCUUAUUUAUAUAUCAAUGAAUUGCCUAUAUGAAUUGCCUUUACCUUAUUACCUUAUCAUUGACAAUCUCUCCCUUGAGUGCAAUGACUGUAUAUACUGUAUAUAUUUAUGACCUUUUAACCUUAUAUAAUUUUCUAUACAUUAAAAUAAACCAUAACAUGAAAUAAACCUUUCAAUUUGCAUUAAGAACAAUACUAAUAGCACAUAUAGGCCCAUUGUCAAUGAAACAUUAUUAUUAAGUAAGGCGACAGCACCCUCUGGUGUACAAAAAAUGAAAAAAAAAAAAAAAAUUACAAACUGCGUAAUGGCGCUUGAGGUGUUUAUUCACGGCCGACGCGCAGCCAAGCUUGGCACUGAAGAGACAGGACAGAAGAGUGUACUCUCCUUUGUUUCUUUGAAAUAAGUCAAUGUUUUGGACACUCUGGUGCGCUUUUUUUGGCUUUGUGCCGCUUUUCCCGCUUGCAAACAGAGCAUCCGACAUUCUAACUUUCCACGCAUAUAUUUUUUUAACCCUUCAUUAACCGUCGACGGGAUGUUGUGCUCGUCGACGGAUUUACGUCAUCGAUGACGUCGACUAUGUCGACUAGUCGGGACAGCUCUAAUAUAUAUAUAUAUUUCUUUUUUAUUUAAAUCGUUUUCCAAUUGUAUUUAACGUUACAAAGUGUCUUACAAUCAUCCAGAGUAGUUUUGGCUUAAAGUAAGGCUAUCAAAUUUAUUGCGUUAAAGGCGGUAAUUUAUUUUUUUUAAUUAAUCACGUUAAUUAUUGCAUGCGCUGCACGACCCACCUACACAUUGUCGCGUUCAAUCUAUAAAGACGCCGUUUUACCUAUACAUUGAGCAUAAAGGAAGCGUAUGAUGGGUCGAGAGAAUUUUGACAGCCUUUGGAGCCUAUUUUUAUUUGGCCAAAGCCUUCCAAUCCCACUCUCAGCACUUAGAAAUAACGAGGGAGGCAAUGUAGGGAUUAAAGGUUGUAUUUGAUCAUUUUCUUAACACCCUGUAUUAUUUCCCAACGCAGAGAAGAUAUAUAAAUUGGUGCCACUACACUGAGUCAUGGUUGCACUUCCCAUCAUGCAUUUGGGCAGCUCAGUUAAAUGGCUACAGUAUCAUUUACUGAAAGCUCAACAAAUACACUAGAUGGCAAUAUUUAGUCACAAUGUACAAAGUCACAUUUAUCCUUUUAAGAAUUAAAAGUAUCAGUGGAUCCCUCUCACAGAAAGAAUGUUAAUAAUGUAAAUGCCAUCUUGAGGAUUUAUUGUCAUAAUAAACAAAUACAGUACAUAUGUACUGUAUGUUGAAUGUAUAUAUUCGUCCGAGUUGUAUUCAUUUUUUUCUUAAUGCAUUGCCAAAAUGUAUAUGAUCGGGAAAAAUUAUCGGGAAUGAUUGGAAUUGAAUCGGGAGCAAAAAAAAAAGGCAAUCGGAUCGGGAAAUAUCUGGAUCGGCAGAUACUCAAACUAAAACGAUCGGGAUCGGAUCGGGAGCAAAAAAAUAUGAUCGGAACAACCCUACUAACGAGCAGUUGGACAGGUGUACCUAAUAAAGUGGCCGGUGAGUGUAUUUCAAAUCUAUUUGCUUUCUAUUCCUCUUGUGCUUUAUCUCCAUUGCUGAUUUAAAUUAUUUUUAGUAGUAGUAGUAUUUUCUUUGUUUUUUUUAUUUUAUUAUUUUUUUUUAUUGUAUGCGUGAUGAAAUGUGAUUUUUAUGUAUAAUUUUAUUUCCUGUUUCAAUUGUCUUUGUUUUUACAUUCUAUUGAUUUAAUGUGAUUUUUAUGAUCUUCAUGUGAUGUAAAGCACUUUGAAUUAAUUGCCUUAUGUUGAAUUGUGCUAUAUCAAUACAGUGCCCUCCAUAAUU